CUAAAAGUUCCGAAAAUGAAGGUAAGCCCCAAAACAACUUUAAAUUUAUCUCAUUAACCCAUCAACCAUCCAUUAGCCGAAAGAAAACAUCGCUCUAGAUGUAGACAAAUGGGACAUUUACACAGUUAUCGACUUCACAGUAGCCUUCACCCUGGUCAUUGUCUCGAUGGUCUCUGCUGAUAUUCCGCGACAAAAAAUCGAAAUUGUCCGAAAACCUGCACCAUACGUGGCCAGUGGUUGGGCUCCCACAGGACAACAAUUAAAACUCCCUGUGAAAGCAGUGCCAACUCCUGCACCGUCCUACGGGCCACCAGCAGAACCCACCACGACUGAGGAACCCACAACUACUGAAUCAAACACUGAGCGUUUGUUGUCCCAAAAAGCCGAGAAAGUUCAAGCCGAACCUGAGAAAGAAAAAUCGGAAAAGUUGGAAGAACCUCAAGGAGGGCAGUAUUAUGUUGUUUUACCACAAGGCCAAAGUGUGGUGUAUACGGUGCCUCAAAGUGCGGCACUUUUGGCAGUUCCUAAAGGGGGUAUGAUGGCCUCGGCGAGGAUCCAGGCUGUGCCCUUGUCGUCGGUUGUUGCUACGUCGGUUUACACACCGUUCAGUGCGUCCUAUAUUCAGGUUUUCCAGUAAAUGUUAAAUUAUUUCUGUGAGACUGUCUUUCAAAUAAAAUUUUAUGACGA